AUGUCUUGCAAACUCAGACAUCAAUUCAGAUCGCGUUAUAGCCGAACAGGACUUCCGAGAGAAGUCCAGAGACGGGGAGCAGAGCUGCUGAAGGCUCUGCUCCCCAUAGUGCUGAGAGGGAAAGAUGGGCCAGAGAGAGCGAUAGAGGAGGAUGAUCCACGGGAAAAGAUGGGAGAGAUAAUGAAGCCAGUGAAGCUGUUGCAGGACAGGGCUGAUGUGGUGACUCACAGGGGCUUUAGAAAUGAUGCGUGGAGCACAAUUCUGGACCAGUCUGACUGGUUGAAAAAGAACCAAACAAGAAUCGAGUCCCAGCAACAGAAGGGACUGGCAGAGGAGGCGACUCGUCGUUUUCUCCGUAAAACCAUGUUUGACACAGCAUGGACGGGUGAGCUAACUGUUCAUUUCUUCUGUGUGAGUUUUACCUUCCUUUUCUGUAGCGCAGAUGGAAAUCCUCCAACCGACCAGUGUGUCAACCACCAUUGCAUAAUAAAGCAUUAUCCUUGUUUCCCUCCAGUGCCAACUACCGUGAGGAUUGUCCUGCUGGGAAAAAGUGGGAAUGGGAAGAGCAGCCUGGCUAACACCUUUCUCGGGACGCCUGUGUUUAGAGUUACCCUUUUUGAUAACUCUAAAGGUUUUUCUCAAGUAGAAACUAAAUGUAUGAAUGGAAAACGCCUUUCGCUGAUCGACACUCCUGGCUUGUUCGACCCUGGCGGGUCUGAGAAGGACACAAAGCCUGAGCUGACGAGGUGUCUCCUAGAGUGCGCUCCUGGACUUCAUGUCUUUCUGAUUGUACUCAAAGUGGACAAGUUCACUAAGCAGCAGCAAGCUGUUGUCAGUAACAUACGUGAGUACUUCUCAGGUGAUGCCCUGAAGUACGCUGUGGUGGUCUUCACCCACGGGGACCAGCUCCCAGAAGGGAUGAAGAUAGAGGAGUUUGUGGAUCAAAGUGAGGAGCUGAAGGAGCUGGUGGAGAAGUGUGGUGGCCGCUGCCAUGUUUUUGACUGUAAAUACUGGAAGAACAACGAUCAGGAGGAUGAUUACAGAAGCAACCAGCUCCAGAUGGCAGAGCUGCUCAACACCAUCGACAAGAUCCUGAUGGAAAACACCGGAGGAUACUACACCAACACAAUACUGAAGAAGGUGGAGAGGGAAAUACAGGAGGAGGAAAGUCUCAUCCAAGAGGCUUCACAGGACAUGUCAAAGGAGGAAAUCAGAGAGCUCGCUAAAGGUCAUGUCCUACAAAAGCAGCUGGAGGGUUCGAGACCUUCGUGGAUUAAAAUAGGUCUAGUAGUCACAGGUUUACUAGCAGCCGUCUCAGCCGUGUGCAUCGCGUCCAUGGAGUCGCCAUCAGAACAAACGAUCGCAGAGGAGGCGUGUGAAUCUGCUGCAGUCGAGGAAGUUGAUGAAGAAACAAUCCCAGCAGAGAGUUUUUUUUAUUUGUUUGAACAAAUAUUCAACCCUUUCAAUCCAUUUGUCUGAACACGGUUGUUUUAAGAAAAGCAAAAGUUCUCACCAGUUUUUGAGUGUUAGAAAAACGUUUUUGGCUCUUCCAUAUUUCUGCUUUUGUUAGAUGAAUGCUUGAAUUUCGGCUUUUCCAUUCAUUCUGGUGAAAAUCCAGAGUCUGGCCACCCUGCGGAGAAAAAUCCCUUCAGCUACUUGGAUGUGGAGCCCUCUUCUGGCUAUGCUCCUUACUGGGGAAACGGGUGAAGCCGGGCGUACACUGUGCGACUUUUUCACUUUUUUGAGCCGAUUUUCCAGUCGUGCGAGAAUCCACGAGAUCGGGGCGAGUUUUGCGCCGAGCGUGGUGUAGUGUACAGGGGGUUACGAGAGGCGAUUAACACCACGUGACCAGCUGCCGAUCAGCAAUCGUGAGCUCGCACGGACUUCUGGCGUGUUUGAAAUUUUGCUCGUCCCUCGUGAGGGUAUCGCACUGUUGAAGCGGCGUAGCGAGCAGCUGCAACCCAAAAAGUACCAGAACCGCUCACGGCGCAUGCGCAAUCCUGCAUCAACAUUGCUCGCCCGCUAUUUCCCUAAUAACACACGCUGUUCGUUUUUGUUUCUACACGUUUUUUUUUUACACACAAUUUCAAAGAUUGUCAAGAAAGCGUGUUUGUCGUGUUCAUGUCAAAUUAAACUGAUCACAAAACACAGAUUUACUUUCUUUAUUUCGUUUUCCUCAUCCAACCCCCAUAAAUCCCUGUGUGUCCUCCUACAGCACUCCCGAAGGACAACAGGCAAGACAAGACCAAAAAGUCUGACGUGUUGAGUAAAAACUGCUAUUUUUAGCACAUUUUUAGGUCCGACGUGUUGCUACCAGACGUACAGUGUGAGCAGUCAGGUCGCGUCCGAGAACUGGGUCGUGCAGCGUGAGCGCCUGACUCGUGAGAUCUGCUCUGCGAGGAAGUCGUACAGUUUGAGCUGAAGCUGAGUGCUACGAGUGAAAAAGUCGCACAGUGGCCGCCCGGCUUUAGGUGAUGUACAAGAAGUGGGUUUCUGUUUUUUAUCUUAACAAACAGUAUUCCACUGUAAGAGUUGGGUUAGGUAGGAUUACAUGCGCGUGUGUUUGUUUACCAUUAGUUCAAAAGAAAUCUAAAAUCACUAGAAACACAUGAUGCGGCUCACUGAAAAUUCUAUAAAGUAUAUUUAAAAAUAAAAAAUAAAAAUGACGGGUUUAGAAGUCUCUGUGGUCCUGUUGUGGUAAAGCAGCUUAGGCAAAGGGUAGAUUUAUCUUGCUUUUGUAGUGUUAAUGAACUACAUAUCUAGGAAUUAAAGGCUGUUGCUAUCAGCUUAUGUUUUAAUUCCUAAGAAGAUAUAACAAAUUAACGAAUGAAGUUUACAUAUAUAUAUAUAUAUUUAUAUAUAUUCAUGAAGAAUCCUGGACUUCGGGAGAAGCUGAAGAUCAGUUGUAAAAAAUGACACUAAUGGACACUAAUGACACUAGUUGAGCUAAAAAGUAUGAAACUGAUAGAUGACCCCAUGAUCUUUCUGUCAUGUGAUAAUGAUGGACGUGUAACUGGAAAACUUUUACUUUGUCUAGGCUGUCCCAAGAAGAGUAUAAAAAGAGCAGCUAGAAGCAGAGCAGACAGUGAGAGACAGAGCAGAUUUGGGAUAGAAGAGGUCGUCCUCCGUCCUCGGACGACAGGUCAGUUUUUGGGGAGAGAAGGAGAGAGGCGUACCUAGAGUUAGAGAGUGACAGGUUAGUGUUGACGCAAGUCAACCAUUUAUUCUCAGGAAGAUUUUAGCAUUAGCAUCCUCCACAGGGGAUAGGUUAGUUUUAUAUUUACUUAUUUUUUGUAUUUUGCAAAAAGAGUAUGUAAAGGGACGACAGAACGAGAGUGUGUUAACCUGAAGCUGAAGAAGACUUAGAGUUGGCGCAAGUCAACUGAUUAUUCUUAGUUAAUUAUUAGGAUUAGCAUUUCUCCUUGGGGGAAGUGAUCAGUCUUAUAUGUACCUAUUUUUUGUAUUUUUUAAUCUUGUAAUAAACUUUUUGAAAAAUAAUUCACAUUCCUGAUUCUUAAAGGUCCUUUUUAAAGGUUAAGGUUGGGGCCCCGAUCCCGAAACAAUAGGAGAGGUAAGCAUAUUGUAAUUACAGGUUCCUGAAUUUUCAGGACUUGCUUUACAGUUUGUGACAGAUUAAUAAAAAGAAACCUUAAGUGAAGAAGCUAGUCUUCUCCUCUCCCGUGAGUAACGAGAUAUCCUAAGGAUUGAUAAGCCAAAACAUUAGUAGGUUAAAAUAGGCUCUGUUUGCAAGUGUGAAAAAGUCAUUGCCAGCGUGGGAAGGUUGGAUUAAUUAGAUUAAUUGAUAAAUCUAUGUUAGCCUGAUCAACUGACAAGAAUCAUUUUCUAGUUACCACCGCCCACAAAGCUGACAGAGGCGCAAAUUAAUCCUAAUAUGACCCAAAGAAUCGUCAGCAUGACCGGCCCUCAGCUGAACUUUCACCUUAGUAUUUAAACCGAUUAAAUAACAGGAGAAAUCAAAAGGAAAGUGUGCUAUCACAAAAGAAAAAGUACAGCAUAUCAUUCUCACCUUAAAAAAGGAAACUGAUUCUAAUUGGGGGUCCAAACCAGGGUCUA